GAUGAAUCGUUAGAUCCUCUUCGCCAAAUUUCUUGGUGUCCAACAUUCCAAGUCGGAACGCAGUGCCCAGGUUCUGGUGCUGAUCAUCGCUCUCCCGCUAUUGUUCAUUGUACCGCCUGUCAUCUACUUGAUGCGCCGACUUCUCUGCAAAGGCGACCGGCCGUAUUCCGCAGGAAUUCAGAUGACGACACGUGA